UGAAAACCUUUGCUGUAGACAUAUAAUGCUAACAGAGAAGAAAACAGACAGAAGGUCUAGGUAAGCAAAGAGGUGGAAGCUGAAGACGUUCAUUGUAGAUAAAGCAUGGAAGAAAUGAAGACAAUGUUCAAUGCAACUAAUGAAAGGAACUAUGAAAAUAAUACAUUAACUUCAUCAACUUCAUUAACAUCAUACGAUUUACUGUCAUUAGGCAUCCUGGUGUUGGAGACUAUUGUUGGCACCUUCAUGAAUGGUCUCAUGGUGAUUGUAAACCUGAUUAGCCUGGUGACUCUCAGAAAACUGGGCUCUUGUGAUUCCAUACUUGCUUGUCUUGGUCUGUCACGAUUCACUUUCACGUGGUUGGUUUUAGUUGUUUACCUCAUUAAUGAUUUAUCACCUAAAUCUGCUGAUACAGGAACUACAGGUAGUUUGCAGUAUGUAUGGCUGUUUUUUAAUGAUCUAAGCCUUUGGCUUGCUUCAUGGCUAAGUACUUUUUACUGUGUGAGAAUUGUCAACAUUGAGAGAUACAUUUUUACUGCAUUUAAGACACAUUUCGAUCGCUUGGUCCCUUUCCUCAUCUUAGCAAGUAUAGUCAUAUCUGCCUUGUGCAGUAACUCUACAGCAUCUGAUGGCAUCAACCAAACAUUCAACAUGAGCAAAUUUCAACACAAUCAAAAUUCAACUCCAUUUGCUGCAAUGGGAAACAAUUUUGCAACCUUUGCGACCCUCUCUGCUGUGGGUUCUAUUCCACCUUUUUUUCUGUUUUGUGUGUCCGCUGGUCUAGUGGUUGAUUCUCUUCUAAGACACGUGAAAAAUAUGAAAGGACAAGAAAGAACAGGGUUCAGGGAACCAUCGUUAGAUGCCCAUUACCAAGCAGUUAAAAUGAUGGUUGCUUUCUUUAUGUUUUUCUUACUUUACAUGAUGGCAUUCAACCUCUAUGGAUCAGGAAUGGUUAAAUCUGAUAUACUAAGUUGUUUUGCAGCUUUUUUCAUUGGAGCAUAUCCUUCUCUACAUUCUGUUCUGCUUGUCUUUGGGAACCGCAAGCUCAAGCAUACCUUUCUGUGGAUUCUACAGAAAGCAUUCUGCUCCCAAAAACAGUUGGAUCAGACAAUGAGUGAUUAA